AUGGGACCCCAGGCCACGGCGGUCUGCUCCCUGUUCUUCCUGCUACAGGUUCUGGCUGAGCCGACUGAGAACUCGGACUUCUACCUGGCUGGGGAUUACCUCCUGGGGGGCCUCUUCAGCCUCCACGCCAACGUGAAGGGCAUCGUCCACCUCAACUACCUGCAGGUGCCCAAGUGCAAGGAGUAUGAGAUGAAGGUGCUGGGCUACAACCUCAUGCAGGCCAUGCGCUUUGCGGUGGAGGAGAUCAACAACCACAGCACCCUGCUGCCGGGCGUGCUGCUGGGCUACGAAAUGGUGGACACCUGCUACGUCUCCAACAACGUGCACCCUGUGCUCUACUACCUGGCGGGGGAGGACUACUUACUGCCCAUCAAGGACGACUACAGCCACUAUGUGCCCCGCGUGGUGGCCGUCAUCGGCCCUGACAGCUCCGAGGCCGCCAUGACAGUGGCCCAUCUCCUCUCCCUCUUUCUCCUUCCACAGAUCGCCUACAGCGCCAUCAGUGACGACCUGCGCGACAAGCUGCGCUUCCCGGCGGUGCUGCGCACAGUGCUGGGGGCCGAUCACCACAUGGAGGCCAUAGCGCAGCUCAUGCUGCGCUUCCGCUGGAACUGGAUCGUCUUGCUGGUGAGCGGCGACGACUACGGCCACGACAACAGCCAGCUGUUCAGGAAGCACCUGGCCCACCACGACAUCUGCAUUGCCUUCCAGGAGGUGCUGCCCACGCCACAGCCCAACCAGACCGUGACGCCGGACGAGCGCCAGCGCCUGGCGGUCAUCGUGCAGAAGCUGAAACAGAGCACAGCGCACGUCGUGGUCAUCUUCUCGCCAGACCUGGCCCUGCACAACUUCUUCCUCGAGGUGCUGCACCAGAACCUCACCGGCGCCGUGUGGAUCGCCUCCGAGUCCUGGGCCCUCGACCCAGUCCUGCACAACCUCGCCGAGCUGCGCCACACGGGCACCUUCCUGGGCAUUGCUACCCAGACCGUGCCCAUCCCGGGCUUCAACGAGUUCCGCCUGCGCCGCUCCCAGGCCAGGCAGCCCGCGCCCAACAGGACCAGCGAGGGGGCCACCUGCAACCAGGAGUGCGACACCUGCCUGGACACCACCAUGUCCUACAACACCAUCCUCACGCUCUCGGGCGACCGCACGUCCUACAGCGUGUACUCGGCCGUCUACGCCGUGGCCCACGCGCUGCACAGCCUCCUGGGCUGCAACCAGACCGCGUGCCACAAGGAGGUGGUCUACCCCUGGCGGCUACUUGAGGAGAUCCGGAAGGUCAACUUCACCCUCCUGGGCCACCAAAUCUUCUUCGACAAGCAGGGAGACCUGCCCGUGAGCCUGGAGAUCAUCCAGUGGCAGUGGGACCGGAGCCAGAUCCCUUUCCAGAGCGUUGCCUUCUACAACCCCGUGCUGCGGCAGCUGAGGGACACCCGCCACAUCUCCUGGCACACCCCCGGCGACACGAUCCCCGUGUCCAUGUGUUCCAAGAACUGCCAGCCUGGGCAGAGGAAGAGGUUUGUGGGCAUCCACCCGUGCUGCUUCGAGUGUCUCGACUGUCUCCCUGGCACCUUCCUCAACCAAACUGCAGAUGAGUUUGACUGCCAGCCCUGCCCCGGUUACGGGUGGUCCCACAGGAACGACACCUCCUGCUUCAAGCGGCAGCUGGUCUUCCUCGAGUGGAACGAGGCACCCACCAUCGUUAUGGUCAUGCUGGCCGCCCUGGGCUUGCUCGGCACCCUGGCCGUCUUGGUCAUCUUCUGGAGGCACUUCCAGACGCCCGUGGUUCGCUCGGCUGGGGGCCCCAUGUGCUUCCUGAUACUGACGCCGCUGCUGGUGGCAUACCUGAUGGUCCCCAUGUACGUCGGGCAGCCCACGGUCUUCUCGUGCUUCUGCCGCCAGGCCCUCUUCACUGUCUGCUUCACCAUCUGCAUCUCCUGCUUCACGGUGCGCUCCUUCCAGAUCGUCUGCAUCUUCAAGAUGGCCAGCCGCCUCCCGCGCGCCUAUGGCUACUGGGUCCGCUACCACGGGCCCUACGUCUUUGUGGCGUUUGUCACGGCGCUCAAGGUGGUCAUCGUGGCAGGCAACAUGCUGGUCAUGACCACCAGCCCCACCACCCGCGCCGACCUCGAUGACCCCCAGAUCAUGAUCCUCUCCUGCAACCCCAAUUACCGCAAGGGGCUGCUGCUCAACACCAGCCUGGACCUGCUCCUCUCCGUGAUGGGCUUCAGCUUUGCCUACGUGGGCAAGGAGCUGCCCACCAACUACAACGAGGCCAAGUUCAUCACCCUCUGCACGACCUUCUACUUCACCUCCUCCAUCUCCCUCUGCACCUUCAUGUCCGUCUACGACGGGGUGCUGGUCACCAUCAUGGAUCUCUCGGUCACCGUGCUCAACCUCCUGGGCAUCAGCCUGGGCUACUUCGGACCCAAGUGUUACAUGAUCCUCUUCUACCCGGAGCGCAACACACCAGCCUACUUCAACAGCGUGAUUCAGGACUACACCAUGGGGAGGGAUUAG